AUGGGCCAGGCCUUCGCUUGUGGAUGCUGCAACCGGCGCCGCGAUGAUCCUGAGGAGCUGGACGCCCCGAUGAUGCCCGCUGCUGAUGCUCCAGAGGCGGCGCGCACGCAACGCAGCCUGCCGAGUGAGAACUGCCCGGCUUGCGGCAACAUCUACGCGGACGACGCGGUGUUCUGCCGGAAGUGCGGCCGCAAGCGCGACCUGCCAGAGGAGACGGCAGCGGGUGAAGGUCCUCCGGCGGGCCCGAGUGAGGAGCUUGAUGCUGCGGCGGAGGACGAAGAGGCGUGUGGAUGGUGCUGUGACCGGCGAGCGGCCCAGGAGGGCGAGGAGGGUGAUGGUCCUCCAGCAGGCGGUUGGUGUGCGCGGCGCACCAAGUCGGGAGAGGAGCCUGAUGCCGCGGCGGAGGGCCAUGGCGACGGAGAGGCCUGUGGGUGGUGCUGUCCCCGGCGGGCGGCGCAGGAGGAGGGCGAGGCGGGGGAUGGUCCUCCAGCAGGCGGUUGGUGUGCGCGGCGCACAAAGUCGGGCGAGGAGCCUGAUGCCGUGACGGAGGGCAGUGGCGCCGGAGAGGCCGGCGGGUGGUGCUGUGGCCGGCGAGCGGCGCAGGAGGGCGAUGCGGGCGAUGGUCCUUCAGGGGGCGGUUGGUGUGCGCGACGCGCCGAAUCGGGCGAGGAUCCUGGUGCCCUGACGGAGGGCAGUGGCGACGGAGAGGCCUUCGGGUGGUGCUGUGGCCGGCGAGCGGCGCAGGAGGGUGAUGCGGGCGAUGGUCCUUCAGGGGGCGGUUGGUGUGCGCGGCGCGCCGAAUCGGGCGAGGAUCCUGGUGCCGUGACGGAGGGCAGUGGCGAUGGAGAGGUAGAGGGCAUUGCCUCGCAGCAACAGGCCUGCGGGUGGUGCUGUGGCCGGCGAGCGGCGCAGGUGGACUGUGCCCUGCAAAUGCACAGAGGGUCCAGCUGUCUGCCCAUCCAUUCGUCCAUUAUCCGCCCAUUCAACUUCUACACCACAAGCCAGUGCAUGUCUUGUCCACCAACUCCCAAUCUUGGAUUGGAAGCUGUGGUGCAGCAGGGCGAUGCGGGUGAUGGUCCUUCAGCGGGCGGUUGGUGUGCGCGGCGCACCAAGGCGGGCGAGGAGCCUGAUGCCGCGACGGAGGGCAGUGGCGCCGGAGAGGCACGAAGCCAGAAGGGCAUUGCCUCGCAGCAACAGGCCGGCGGGUGGUGCUGGGGCCGGCGAGCGGCGCAGGAGGGCGAUGCGGGGGAUGCUCCUUCAGCGGGCGGCUGGUGUGCGCGGCGCACCAAGGCGGGCGAGGAGCCUGAUGCCGCGACAGAGGGCAGUGGCGACGGGGAGGCCCGUGGGUGGUGCUGUGGCCGGCGAGCGGCGCAGGACGGCGAGGCGGGCGAAGGUCCUCCGGCAGGCGGUUGGUGCGCGCGGCGCGCCAAGUCGGGCGAGGAGGCUGAUGCUGACAUGGAGGAUGGUGCCGAGGCCUGUGGCUGGUGCUGUCACCGGCGAGAUGAGGAAGAGGAGGAAUACAUGCUUCUGGAGCCCAGCAACGAGGCAACGCUGGUGCAGGAAGAGAGCGCUGCACCUGUGCCGAUGGCAGGGGAGCAGGACGAGGGCAGAAUGCCUGACGCCGUCGGGGACCUGCAGAACUGCCCGGCCUGCGGCUUCGUUUACUUGGGCUCGGUCUGCCCACGAUGUGGCUGCGAGAACGUCGACGAGGACGCGAGCGCUGCGGCCGACGCAGAAGGGGAGAACAUGGGCGAGGCGGGCAUGGGGAUGGGCCUGGAGCCUUUGCCUGCGGAUGCUGCAAUCGUCGCCGCAACACUCCCGAGGCGGACGACGAGUUGGUCGAAGGAGAGCCAGAAUGCGGCUGGUGUGCUCGCAGACGCGGCUCGACCGAGGAGGCCGCUGAAGGUCAGCCAGCGGGUGGCUGGUGUGCGCGCAGACGCAGUGCCACUGAGGACCGGGGAGAGGAUCGUAAGUGAACAAGGGCCGAGCCAUGCCUUUGUGGCAAGCAGUGCGACCCUUCCAGGGGAAGCCGGUGCGCUUUCUCAGCUUGCAUUGGCGAAAGGGCGCCUGGCCCAGCUUCUGCCGUCAUGGAAUGACUGCCUGACCUGUAUCUUCACCAUGCCCUUCCACCAGAAGAACAUUCUCGUAGGCGGAGGUCAGCCAGCAAGUGGCUGGUGUGGGGACAGGACGGCCAAGCGGGCGAAGGUCAGCCAGCAAGCGGCUGGUGUGGGCAUAGACGCAGCUCGACAGAGGACAACGAAGCGAGCGAAGGUCAACCAGCAUGCGGCUGGUGUGGGCAUAGGCGCAGCUCGACAGAGGACGGCGAAGCGGGCGAAGGUCAGCCAGCAAGCGGCUGGUGUGGGCAUAGACGCAGCUCGACGGAGGACAACGAAGCGAGCGAAGGUCAACCAGCAUGCGGCUGGUGUGGCCGCAGACGCAGCUCGACAGAGGAAGACGGCGGAUCACCUGAUGCUGAGGCUUCCGGCUGCUGUGCCCGUCGACAAAAUGCCCCUGAGGACAACGAAUCGGGCGAAGGUCAGCCAGCAUGCGGCUGGUGUGGGCGCAGACGCAGCUCCACAGAGGAAGAGAGCAAAUCGCCCUUGGAUGAGAAGGAAUGCCCAGCUUGCGGCAACGUUUACAUGGACGACUCGCUGUUCUGCCGAAGAUGUGGUCGCAAGCGCGGCAAGAAGGACUGGUGCCCCCGUCGGAAGAAUGCCUCUGAGGACACCGAAGCUGGGGAAGGUCAGUCAGCAUGCGGCUGGUGUGGGCACAGACGUAGCUCGACGGAGGACGAGGCGGCCGAAAGUCAGCCUGCAGGCGGCUGGUGCGGUCGCAGGCGCGGUUCGACCGAGGACGAGACGGCAGAAGGUCAAGCAGCAGGCGGCUGGUGCGGGCGCAGACGCGGUUCGACCGAGGACGAGGUGGCCGAAGGUCAGCCUGCGGGCUGGUGCGGACGCAGACGCGGUUCGACCGAGGACCCGAGUGCAGACGGUGCAGAUGGCGACUCGAGUUGCUGCGGGCAUCGCCGGCAAAGAAGAGCGCGCGGCGGCCGAGGCAGAGGGGGAGAACAUGGGCCAGGCCUUUGGUUGUGGAUGGUGCAGCCGACGCCGCGAUGAUGCCGAGGAGGACGCCUUGAUGGAGCCAGCUGCCGAUGUUCCAGAGGCUUCCGCCGCUGCAUCGGCUGACGGUCAGGCUGAGACACUCCUGGAGCCAAUGGCAGUCGGUGACGAGGAAGAGCGCGCUGCGGCUGCGGCAGAUGGGGAGAACAUGGGCCAGGCCUUUGCUUGUGGAUGGUGCAACCGGCGCCGCGAUGCGUCUCAGGAGGGCGACGAGGCGGCCGAAGGACAGCCAGCAUGCGGCUGGUGCGGGCGCAGACGCGGUGUGACCGAGGACGAGGCGGCCGAAGGUCAGCCAGCAGGUGGCUGGUGCGGGCGCAGACGUGGUUCGACUGAGGACGAGGCGGCCGAAGGUCAACCAGAAGGUGGCUGGUGCGGGCGCAGACGCGGUUCGAACGAGGACGAUGCAGCUGAAGGUCAGCCAGAAGGCGGCUGCUGUGGCCGUAGACGCGGUUCGACCGAGGACGAGGCGGCUGCCGGUCAGCCAGAAGGUGGCUGGUGCGGUCGCAGACGCGGUUCGACCGAGGACGGGGCAGCCGAAGGUCAGCCAGAAGGCGGCUGGUGUGGGCACAGACACGAUUCGACCGAGGAUGCAGCCGAAGGUCAGCCAGCAGGCGGCUGGUGCGGGCACCGACGCGGUUCGACCGAGGACGAGGCCGCCGAAGGUCAGCCAGAAGGCGGCUGGUGCGGGCGCAGACGCGGUUCGACCGAGGAGGGUGUCACGGCCGACGGUGAGCCAGCCGGCGGCUGGUGCGGGAGCAGACGUGGUUCGGCUGAGGACGGGGCGGAAGGUCAGCCAGCAGGCGGCUGGUGCGGGCACAGACGUGGUUCGACCGAGGAAGAGGGUGGAUCGCCGGACGCAGAGACGUCACAGGCAUGCGCCUGGUGCGCGCGCCGGCAUGACGACUCCGAGGGCCAACUGGCGGACUCCGAUGAUGCGGAUGGCAACGUCUGUGGGUGGUGCUGUGGCCGGCGACGCGAGACCGCUGAGGACGAGACCGCUGAAGACCAGGCACCGGAUGCCCUGAUGGAGCCUGCGGCUGCUGUCCCAGAGGCUGAAGUCCCACCCGUGCAGUCUUCCGCGGUGGCUUCUGCUGAUGGCCAGACCUGCCCGGCUUGCGGCAACGUCUACGCCGACGACUCGGUGUUCUGCCGGAAGUGCGGCCACAAGCGUGACGAGGUGCCCGCUGCGGCUUCUGCUGACGACCAGGCUGAAGCCCCCAUGGCGCCAAUGGUGGAGAACGAGGCGCCUGCUGCGGCUUCUGCUGACGAGGAGGCGUCCGCUGUGGCCUCUGCUGACGACGAGGCUUGUGGCUGGUGCGCCCGGCGCCGUGAUGCGUCUGAGGAGCAAGAGGGGCCGGAAGAUCAAGCAGCAGGCGGCUGGUGUGCGUGCAGGCACCGCGCGACCGAGGAGGAUGAGGCGGCCGAAGGUCAGUCAGCAGGUGGCUGGUGCGGGCACAGACGCGGUUCGACCGAGGAGGAUGAGGCGGCCGCAGGUCAGCCAGCAAGAAGUGGCUGGUGCGGGCACAGACGUGGCUCGACCGAGGAGGAUGGGACGCCCGAAGGUCAACCAGGCGGCUGGUGCGGGCGCAGACGCGAUUCCAGCGAGGAGGACGGAGCGGGCGAAGCGGCCGAAGGACAGGCAGCAUGCGGCUGGUGCGGGCACAGACGCGGUUCGGCCGAGGACGCAGCUCAACGAGAGGAUGGGACGGCCGAAGGUCAACCAGGCGGCUGGAGGACGGAGCAGCCGAAGCGGCCGAAGGACAGGCAGCAUGCGGCUGGUGCUGGCACAGACGCGGUUCGGCCGAGGAUGAGGCAGCUGAAGGUCAGCCAGCAGCAGGCGGCUGGUGCGGGCGCAGACGCGAUGCGACCGAGGACGAGGCGGCUGAAGGCCAGGCAGCAGCGGGCGGAUGGUGCGGGCGCAGACGCAGUUCGACCGAGGAGGAUGAGGCGGCUGAAGGUCAGCCAGCGGGCGGCUGGUGCGGAUGCGGACGCGCAUCGACGGAGGAGGACGGGGCUGCCGAAGGACAGGCAGCAUGCGGCUGGUGUGGACACCGACGCGGUUCGGCCGAGGAUGAGGCAGCUGAAGGUCAGCCAGCAGCAGGCGGCUGGUGCGGGCGCAGACGCGAUGCGACCGAGGAGGACGGAGCUGCCGAAGGUCAGCCAGCAGGCGGCUGGUGUGGGCGACGACACGCUUCGACCGAGGACGAGGCGGCUGAAGGCCAGGCAGCAGCAGGCGGAUGGUGCGGGCGCAGACGCAGUUCGACCGAGGAGGAUGAGGCGGCUGAAGGUCAGCCAGCGGGCGGCUGGUGCGGGUGCGGACGCGCAUCGACCGAGGAGGACGGGGCUGCCGAAGGACACGCAGCAUGCGGCUGGUGCGGGCACAGACGCGGUUCGGCCGAGGAUGAGGCAGCUGAAGGUCAGCCAGCAGCAGGCGGCUGGUGCGGGCGCAGACGCGAUGCGACCGAGGAGGACGGAGCUGCCGAAGGUCAGCCAGCAGGCGGCUGGUGUGGGCGACGACACGGUUCGACCGAGGACGAGGCGGCUGAAGGCCAGGCAGCAGCAGGCGGAUGGUGCGGGUGCAGACGCAGUUCGACCGAGGAAGAUGAGGCGGCUGAAGGUCAGCCAGCGGGCGGCUGGUGCGGGUGCGGACGCGCAUCGACCGAGGAGGACGGGGCUGCCGAAGGACAGGCAGCAUGCGGCUGGUGUGGACGCAGAUGAGGCGGCCGAAGCUUCGGCAGGCGGCUGGUGCGGCCGCAGACACGACUCGACCGAGGACACAGCCUACGAGGGAGAGGCUGCCGCCCUCCGCACAUCUGGGGCGGUCAAGGAGGAGCCCGACACCAUCGCAGAGCAAAGCACCGAUGGCCAGGAGACCAUGAUCGACCUCACGAAGGAGGAGAUGUCCUUGGAAGAGAGCUCCGGUUGGUGUCGCGGGCGUCGCCGCAAAGCUCAGGAGAACUGCGUGGCCUGCGGCAACAUUUUCAUGGACGACUCACUGUUCUGCCGGAAGUGCGGCCGCAAGCGUGGCCCGGAGGACUGCCCGGCUUGCGGCAACGUUUACAUGGACGACUCGCUGUUCUGCCGGAGGUGCGGCCGCAAACGUGGCUACGAGGACUGCCCGGCUUGCGGCAAUGUUUACAUGGACGACUCGCUGUUCUGCCGGAGGUGUGGCCGCAAGCGCCACCAGGAGGUGCGGAUCGGUGCUGGUGGGGCUAAGAUAGAGUGCGGCCAAAAGCGCGACGAGGCGUGGCGUGCGGCAAGAUGCCUGUCAUGUGUCACAAGACUGCUAGACGUGGAUUUGAAACACCAAAAGACAACGAUGGGCUAA